AUGACGAAGGGAUUGGGAAAGGUGAAAAAUACCUAUUAUAAGAGAAAGUUGAACAUGAAUUUGCCUGGAAAUGAGGAUGGAAACAAAGAGAUGACAUCAUCUUCAUCGCAGAGUAGGGUUUUAAAUCCUGGGCCGGAGGAUGGUUCAUUAUUGAGGUUUCAGUAUGUUCACGUAUCAGAACAUAUUUGGGAUGGACGUGAGCACCCAAUUCUGAAGGUGAGACAGAGUCAUUUCAUACCGGCUGGCAUGGAAGGGGUUCUAAUGGAGAUUCUUCCUCAUCUGACCUUAGCUGGAUUUGCUGGGGUAGCUCAGUUGGCAUGCUUUCCUAUUGACCUACAUCUUAUUACAGCAUUGGUAGAAAGAUGGAGGCCAGAGACUCAUACGUUUCACAUGCCUCCUGGAGAAUGUACUAUAACUCUUCAGAACAUUGCUAUUCAAAUAAGGCUUCGUAUAGAUGGAUGUAAAAAAAUGUAUAAGUUCUAA